AUGAUGGCGGGUUACGAGGUGCGAAUAACAAAUGGCAAGAAGGGUAAAGGGCUUUUUGCCAAGAAGAUAUUUAACGAAGGUGAUGUAAUAUUGGAGGAAGAUCCAUUAGUAUCAUGUCAAUUUGCUUGGAACGUGGCGUACCGGUAUUUAGCAUGUGAUCAUUGUAUGAAGCCUUUAGAAACACCAGAACAUAAUGUAAGAAGACUAGCCGCUAAACCUGACAUUGCUUUGCCAUAUGCAGAUCAUUUUGAAGAGGAAUUAAUGACUGUUACCAGUUGUGAUCAAUGCAGGAUAUUAUAUUGUUCAGAAGACUGUAAGGAGAAGGCUAAAAUUAAUUAUCACAGAUUAUUAUGUUACGAUCAGACAGAUGCAGGACAUCCUAUUCAUAUAUUAUUAGAAGCUUGGAAGCAAAUGCACUACCCACCAGAAACAACAAAUAUAAUGUUGCUAGUCAGAAUACUAGCAUCAAUAGAACAACAUCCCGACCCUGCUGCAGCAGCUAAUACUGUGAAACAGUUUUGCCACAGAACUGUUAAUGAAGAUGCAGAGUUGAUGCACAAAUUACUCGGAGAUCAGUUUAAAGAUCAAUUAGCUACAUUAAGAGACCUGACAGCUAGUGUCAUAAAUGAGGAGUCUAUUCAAGAGUUUCUAACACCAGAGGGCUUUUGUUCUUUAAUGGCACUCCUAGGCACCAAUGGCCAAGGAAUUGGUACCAGUCCCCUGGCACAAUGGGUGAAUUCUGUCACAGAGCUAGCUAUGUCUGAUGAUGAGAGGCAACAAAUGGAUCUCUUUAUUGAUAAAUUAUAUAAGGAUGUGGAAAAUGAAGCAGGACAAUUCUUGAACACUGAGGGUUCUGGUCUCUUCAAAUUACAAAGUGCAUGCAACCACAGCUGCGCACCUAACGCGGAGUCAUCAUUUCCGUAUGGGAACCACAGAAUUCAGUUGAAAGCUGUCAAAACAAUAAUGCCAGGUGAUGAAAUCUGUAUAAGUUAUCUCGACGAAUGUUCUUUACAACGAUCGAGGCAUUCUCGGCAAAAGGAAUUGGCAGAGAAUUACCUGUUCUUGUGUGAUUGUGAGCGGUGUGUGUCAGAAAGCUGGCAACCCGAUGUCACCAGUGAGGAGGAAAUGAGUGAUGAGGAGUUUGACACGGAUGACUGA